AUGUCUUCACUCAGCCCCUCGAAUCUCUCGAUCCGCCAAACACUUCUACUGACCGCACUCGCAACAUCGCUAGGCACGACCGCGGCCAUCCUCUCAUUCCAGGCCUUACGGCGCGAACACCGUACCGAGCGGCUCAAGAAGCAGGUGGGGGAGGAUGUCAAGGAGUGGGAGAGGACUCAGAACCUCGAUGACGAUGAGGAGGCAGAGGGACGGGCGGAAAGGUGGGCGGACGGGGAGAGCGGAGAGUUUGACGAGGGGCUGAUCAGAGAGCAGCUGACGAGAAAUUACAACUUUCUCGGCGAGGAGGCAAUGGCCAAGAUCCGAAAGUCUUACGUCGUGGUUGUAGGCUGCGGAGGUGUUGGAUCCUGGGCCGCUCUGAUGCUGCUGAGAAGUGGUAUAAGCCAUCUUCUCCUCAUCGACUUUGAUAUGACUACCCUUUCCUCCCUCAACCGCCACGCCGCUGCGACGCUGGAAGACGUCGGCAGUCCCAAGGUCCUCGCGACACAGAAGUUCCUCAAGAAGAUCGCACCUUGGGCCAAGGUGGAUAUCCACGUCGGACUUUGGAAGAAGGGUCAAGAAGGCGAAGACCUCCUAGUCGGCGCCGACUGGGUCGUAGACGCCAUCGACAAUAUCGAUACCAAGGUCGACCUGUUGACGUACUGCCGGAAGCAAGUGAUCAAGGUCUUCAGCAGUAUGGGGAGCGGGGCAAAGAUGGACCCAAGUAGAAUACAGAUUGCCGACCUAUCAAAUACCAACGAGGACCCGCUUGCGCGGAAAGUGCGACAGAGACUACGUCUGAACGGCGUAUCUGGCGGUAUCCCCGUCGUCUACUCUACCGAAACACCGUCCGACGUCAAGCUCCUCCCCCUCCCCGAAGAAGAGUUCCAAAAAGGACCCGUCUCUGAGUUGUCGCCAUUCGACGAGUUCCGCGUCCGCAUCCUCCCCGUCCUCGGCCCUCUCCCCGCCAUCUUUGGUCUCAACAUCGCGACCUAUAUCCUUCUCUCGCUCGCAGGACGUCCGCUCACCGAAUACGCCGAGAUCAAGAAUCGCAAAAAGGCACAUGCGGACCUCGAGCGCAAGCUAUCGGAGCGAGAAGCCAGGUGGAAAGGCUUACCCACCCUCGAGCGGAUCGGGGUCGACGCAACGGACAUGGCGUUUGUCUAUGAGGACCUGUACAAUGGCCGGAGCUCAUUACCGUCAUACGUGAUCGUCCCGCGUCCGCAAGCGGUGCGUUGGGAGAAGAGGAAGCCGUUGACGGUGGAUAAUGUGGUGAUCAUGGACAUGAAGAGUGCGGAGAAGCACGAGCGGGAAUGCCUCAAGGGUGAUCAGACGGUGGAGGAGGUGUGGGGAAAGGAAGCGGUGGCUUUCGUCACGAGAAAGUCCGUGGAGGCGAGGCGGGUGAUGGAGUACACGCGGAAUUGA